AUGGCAUUGUUGGCAGCGGCGCUGCUGCUGCCGCCCUCCCUUGUGCUUCUUGCGGUAGAUGGCCUCGAGCUGGUGGAAGUACGAGCCGCCGUCUGGACCGGCCGCCGGCGGUCCGGGUCGGCCGGACCGGACCGAGCAGUGCCGCGGUACGGCGACGGCGAGCGGCGGCAGGAUAUUACGGGGCACGGGGAGGAGAGGAAGGAGAGGGGAAACAGCCGCGUGCGUAUGAUGAGGACGUUUACGAGGUCGGGGGGGCCGGGCCGCCCUCGCCCUCGCCCUCUCCCCGUGGCGGCCUCCUACCUCAGCCGGCGCGCGCACGACCCCAGCGCGCCGGUAGCGCCUUCUGGCUGGUGCUCCCGCUUCGCCUCCCCCGCGGCCGCUGCCCCGCCCUCCGCCACGCCGCCGCCCCUCUUCACGCUCGACGACCGCUUCGCCGCCGCCGACUUCUCGCCCGACCCCACCGCCUCCUCCCCCUCCCCCCGCGUCGGGGCGGGCGCCGGCAGCCGCUCGCCCUCAUGGGACCGCUCCCGCGGCAAGGCCUCCGCCCCCGGAUCCCCCAUGGACGGGGUCGUUGAGCCGCCGCCCCGCAAGGAGCUGCUCGCGCUGCCCCUGCCGUCCAGCCCCUGCACUCCUCCUCCCCCGACGGCGACGGCCGUGACCCCGGCGACGGAGGCUGCCAGGACGGAGCCGGCGGCUCCGGCCAGCGAAGGGAAGGCAGAUGGCGAGGAGUGGGUCACUGUAUUCGGCACUCUUACGAUGCCAGGAAAGCCCUCCAAAAGAAUGGUAUCCAACUAUGCAGUGGCGUCAUAAUUGGAGUAAAGCAUAUUGAUCCAGUGCACCGACAGCAGCUGGAUGAUAGGCUCGCUGGAAUCAAUCAAGGAGGCUUCAUGGUCUCCCUGCCUUCGAAAUCACUUGUCCUGAAGAGCAGCACAGGUGCAUCAAACCAGUUGGGGGCCUUGCCUGUUGGCUGUUGUAACUUUGUGUUCUGGUGGGUGCUGUCAUGAGCAAUGGCUCUGGAUGAAGGAUGAAACUGAGAUCUCAAUAUGUAUUUAUUUUGUCCGUUGUAAUCUACAUGAGCUCUGA